GAUAUAAGCGACAAUGUUGUAAAAGACGUAAGCGGCAGUUUCAUUUUCUGAACGAAAUCAAGAUGCCAAGAAGCCGCUCUCGGUCCCCUAAAAGAGAGAGAAGACAUUCGAGAGAAAGAAGACGCCGUCACAAAAGUAGGUCAAGGUCCAGAUCACCAAGGCGCAGGUCAAGGGAAAGGCACAGGUCAAGGUCACCAACAUCUGUUAGUCGACACAGGGAGAGAAAGAGCAGAGAGCAUACAUCAGAAAGACAAAAAUCACAAGAAGUUGACCAGUAUCAAGUCAAACCUCCAGUUGCGGAUUAUGCCUCGGACAUUGAAGUAUACGAGAUAGAGGAUGAUGAUGAAGACGAAGAACCUCAAGAAAGUGCAGCGGUGACCUCAGAGGCGGCCAUGAUGAAAGCAAUGGGUUUUGUUUCGUUUGAUACCACAAAGGGGAAAAAAGUAGCAGGAAAUGACAUAUUUCUGGCAAACACUGCAAGGAAACGGCGAUACAGACAGUACAUGAACAGAAGGGGUGGAUUCAACCGGCCGCUGGAUUUUAUUGCAUGAAGUCUGCUGAUGUGUUCAACUUGUAUCCAAGCUUCAGCUUUGAGGAACAGUGUGUUUUAUGAAUGUGAGGUGGAAGCCAGCGACAGAUUUUAAUAGAACAUUGUGAUGUUAUAUUGGUUGAUGUAAUAUUGGUCAGUUUUACGUAGAGGAGUAUUGUAUCAGCUAUACCUGGGACUACAUUGUAUGUUCCUGUAACUGCAGUUUUUCAUACUCUUCUAACAUGUUUGUAAUCCAACUCGGAAAGAGAAAUGUAGACUGAUUUAUUACAUUUUUUAAAAGAAAUAAAGCGAGAAUUCUAUCAAUCUGUUACAAGUAAUAUCACACAGUACAUUGUAUAUUGACCAAUCAGAAGGGUAGUUUCUAUUCACUGCAUCGAUUUCUGCCCAGAUGCAGAUGAAGUAAUACAGUAGAAUAUUGUAUCUGUUCAUUAUUGGUACAUGUUAAGGUACUGUUAUAACUACAUUAUCAAUAUCAAAUUUGUAUGCCAAUCUUAUCAGAAGAUUGCAGCAUAAGGUGGAAUUCCAUCCGUUCGAAAUUGUACAGCCUAGUUAUCGAGCGUGAAAUUUUAUAGAAUGUGGCAUCAGAGAUUAUACUCAACUUAUCCCCACAUGUUUAAAGUAUGAUGAUUUCAUCUUUAUGUUUUAAUAAAUGUCAUGAAAAGAAA